CAGCAUGCGGAGCGGCGAGGAGCUGGACGGCUUCGAGGGCGAGGCCUCGAGCACCUCCAUGAUCUCGGGCGCCAGCAGCCCGUACCAGCCCACCACCGAGCCGGUGAGCCAGCGGCGUGGGCUGGCCGGCCUGCGCUGCGACCCCGACUACCUGCGCGGCGCGCUCGGCCGCAUCAAGGUCGCCCAAGUGAUUUUGGCCUUGAUUGCGUUCAUCUGCAUAGAGACCAUCAUGGAGUGCUCCCCAUGUGAAGGCCUCUACUUCUUUGAGUUCGUAAGCUGUAGCGCCUUUGUGGUGACUGGAGUCUUGCUGAUUAUGUUCAGUCUCAACCUUCAUAUGAGGAUCCCCCAGAUCAACUGGAACCUGACAGAUUUGGUCAACACUGGACUCAGCACUUUCUUUUUCUUUAUUGCUUCAAUUGUACUGGCUGCUUUAAACCACAAGACCGGAGCAGAAAUUGCUGCUGUGAUAUUUGGCUUCUUGGCAACUGCAGCGUAUGCGGUGAACACAUUCCUGGCAGUGCAGAAAUGGAGAGUCAGCGUCCGCCAGCAGAGCACCAAUGACUAUAUCCGCGCCCGCACGGAGUCCAGGGACGUGGACAGUCGCCCCGAGAUCCAGCGCCUUGACACGUGAGGACCUCCCGAGUCCUCCUCCAGCCCCUCUGCACACCCAUCCUGUCAAUCAAGCUUUCUUUCCCUUGUCAUGUCAGAUUUUCAUGUGAUUCAGUUGAAUUUUGUCCUCUCUGGUAAAAAUUAACUUGGGAAAGCGUUUCCAGGGUGAAGCGCUCUCCUUGGGCAGGUGAGGCGUACAUUCUCCAGUAUUUCGUGGCUGCAGGAGCAGCUGGCCUCACCGACUGCCCAGGUCCACCUUAGGUCUUAACUGUCCCAGAGCGUAGGCCUCCCACCUGACUCUGAACUAUCCUGUCAUAUUAUUUGUGACGCAUCAAAACUUUGGACUAAAUGGGCUGCUAAGAGGGGAAUGUAUCAAGUAAUGAACCUGCAGGGUUGGACCAGUCAGGCAGCAGCAACUCUGGGGCAGCCCCUAGCACAGGCCCCAGGUCAGUGCCGGGUCUGGCUGCCAGGAUGCACCCUCCUCUCCGUCUUCCAUGCCUGGGCAGUCAGGCAGCCAGCACAGGCCUGAAGGGCACAGGUGACUCUGAGGGUCCUGGUGAUGGUUGUCUAGGUGGAGCUCUUUGCUGGGCCUGGACUUUGUGGGGGUGGAAGAAGCUGGUGUCCUGUUGGGACAGCUCCACAGUACAGCUGACUCAUGGGAGGGCCACCUUUUCUUUCCUACCCUGCUGAGAAAUCACUGAUUCUUCCUCAAAUGAAUCACCUUCCUGAAUCCCAGAUUCUUCUCCAGGAAUAUGGGGACCAUCUUGUUUUCCAGUUUUCUGCCUUCCCUGAAUACUUUGAGGCUGAAUUGCAGGUUUUCUGUAAUUUUACCUUUUCAGGUAAAAGCCAUGAAAGAAACACAAUCCAUUCCACCAACCAAAGCACUUGCCUGUUUGCUGGCUUCACGGGCCAUGGGGCAGGGGGAAUGUGCGUGCCUGUCAUAAAUCAGCAUACACACACAGAGAGCGCUAUUUUAGGGACAUGUGCUAAUUUUCUAAAUGCCUAAGAGUCCUAAAGUGAUUCUGAGUAGAUUUGUCUAGGAUUUGAAAAUACUUGAAUUUGCACCAGGAUACAUCCUUCCGCUGAUGUUUCAGAAGGCACUAGUUGUGGCUUUGGGUGCCUCAGCAUUGUAACAAUGAACAGCAAUCUUGGAGUUGUUGGGUAAAACCCUAGGUACUUAAGAUUUUUGGUUGAUUCUUGAUAAAGUGAAGAUUAUUGUUUGUGUGGAAUGAGUUAAACCAGCCCCUAU